AUGUCAAGAGUAACUUCCAAACCACCAGUAUUACCUCCUUUAUUAAUUCAUAAUUCUCCUUAUUCAGGAAUAAAAGAUAUUGACUCUUCUGUAUGGUCAUUAACUAGUACUAGUGAUUCGACAACCUCUACUUCUUCUACAUUUUCUUCCAGUACUGUGACUCCUCAACAAUCGCAACAAACAAAUUUGAGGGAUACUCGAAUACCAUUCACAUUAUUGAACAAUAACAUCAACAACAGUAAUAAUAAUGCUAAGAGACGAUGUCAUUUAACAAGAAAUAGUAAACCAAGAACAUGUAAAGAAUUAUGGAAUUUGCCAUGGAUGGAUAAAGAGAAUGGAAUUUCAAUAUUUUAUGAAGAAAUUUAA